UACUAAAUGAGAUCUGAACAGCUCUGAUGUUUAGAUUGCAUUUAACAAUAUUUUAUUGCAGCGGAGCUUCCUUGUUUUUAAAUUUCGGGUUACGUGAAGCUGCAGAAUCAUCAAGCUUCACUUCAUGUGAGAAAAGAUCAUUUCGUGCGCAAAAGUAAGAAGAUAGCUCUUCACCAAACGCCAUGAUUCCACGCGUUUUGUCACUGACUUUUUCCGCUAUGUUCUUCGUUCAGUUUGCGGCUACAGAGAGUGAAAAAGGUAAUUAGUGAUAAGAGAUUACUCUAAGUGCUUUACGAUACUUAUAUACCUCACUUACGAAAGCCUAUAUUAAGAGGAAUCUGGCUUUCUAAACCAAAGUGUAUUUUGAACCAACAGACUGAAUUCACCUCAACCUAUCAAUUACCCGCUAGAAAUACGCAAUGCCUCCCUUCGGAUAAAAGGUUUACUGGCAUAAGGAUUUUAUAUAGGACUUUUCUUUGAAAGACAGAUCGUUUAAAACACUGGUUAUGCAGACAGGAUUCUAUAUAUUAUAUGUGUUUGGAGAGAGUUACGAAUUAUGAGCAUUGUCUAUGUGUUCCUAUAUUCCGAGGAAUGAUUUCCGGCAUUAAUAGCGUAAACCAUCUCGACUGUUUCAAUUGAUUUGUUGAACGAAAGUGAAGUAAUCCAUUGUAGACAUAAUUUUUUUUAACGAUUUGUAGUAGGUCUUAGUAAAAGACACAUUAUGCUGGAUGAUCAAUUUAAGACUGAAAAUAAUUAAGGAGAUGUUUGUGUAAAAGGUGGUGAUUGAAGGAAGAAUUGGAGAUAUGAAAUGAAACUGGGCGUGAAGAGAGAAUACCGUAAUUAAAUUCUUUGUCAUCCAGAAAGAUAAUCUGUUUUGGCAGGCCUGAUCAAGUACCCCGGAUUUAGAGCCUAACGGGUCACUACUGUCUUGUCGGCCAGGUUAUAAAUACUACAGUUGUUUUUUUUACCACGAUCAGCGGGUUCGUUUCCUGUUUUCCACGAACACCUUAACUAAGCAGAAAUUGUUGGUCAUAAUCUAUUUUUAAACUUAUCUUCUUUAUGGGAAAAGGAAAGCAAUAACUCACAUAUGCAUCUAUAUUAUCACAUAAAAGAACACGAAAUGAAGAUUAUUGAAGAUAAGAUUCACUAUUCCUAUUAGUAGUCUACCCAUAAACGCUACAGUUUUUGCGUUAUUUUAAUUUAAACAGUCUAAGUUAUCUUCUUGGAGUCCGAGAAUCAAUGUAAACGAACUCUCACUGAGUUUAACCUGCGCGCGAUCAGGCGUACUUCGGGGAAAACGCGAAAAGUCAAUUUAACAGCUUCCGUCCACGCUUGAACGAAGUCUCAAGGGACAAGUCAUUAGUCCCACGAAGAAAUUGAAUUUCAAUUUAAAAGUUGUUAUUUGUUGUUUUCAAGUAAUCAAUACUGUAAUUUUUAGUGCAUUGACAUCGUACUUCGUAUAAACUUGAAAACACUACGACUACGAUGUACGAGUUUUUUUUAAUGUACUAAGCAAGUGGCCCGGGGCAAGUGGUGCUGGUGCAAAACCAGCAGGGUAUUUAAGCGACAACGACGGCUACGGCUUUGCGCUGCCUCAAACUUUAUCGCGCUUAUUCCAUCUCGUUUAAUUCGUCGAAUGUUGGCAAAUGUUUUGGAGUUAAAUCCUAAAGGAUUCUAUCAAAUUUCAAGGAAGAAAAAGAAAAUUGUUGCUAAAAACGGCUGUGUAGCAGACUAUCUUGUGCUCGACAAAACGUGAAAUAAGGCAGGUACACGUUGUGGUCGUGCAACGACGGCUAAGAAAUGUACAAAAAAGCGUGAUGCACGUGCAAAGUUGUUGUUUUGCCAAUCUAAACCUAAAGCUUUUUUGCCGUUCUCUGUGCCGUCGCCGUUGUCGUUGCUUUUAAAGCUCCCUACUGUCAUUUGAUGGUCGUCGUCAUUCUACUACGGGUUUUAGCGCGAAUGUCGUAGUGGCGAAAACGAAUUAUGAAAUGUUAGAAGAUUUAAUUAAGAUAACAGUGCUAAAUUUUCAUGAAAAAAACAAGAAGUAAAAUGAAGUUUUCCUGGGUUUCCAUUUUUGAGAAUACGCGAGAAAACUUAAAAGUCAAAUCUCGUACUUGUAGUUCUUCGCGUCCUCGAAUCUUAAGGCCUCAAAUUACUUGGCUUUUUUGUCUCAGUUUUCAAAAAUCUUUUAUUAUUAUUAUUUAUUCUCUUUACUCCAGGAAUGAACUGUUCUUUGAUGCUUCUGCAAUCCCAAAAACAUUCUUGUGGCCUGGUUGAUGACAAGGUCACCUGCGGAGAACUGGGCUGCUGUUGGAAUGAAAGUGAGGCUAAUUCUCAUCUUAAAUGCUUCAGCAAAAGGUAAUCAUAGAAGUCAGCCCAUGGUUAUUGGAAAGUUUCGCUUGUUAUAGUCGUAGCACUUGAACACUAAGUUAGAAGAAAAAACAAGGCAAUAUGAACAUCCAUGGCAAUUUUCCAAGGCUGAUGUGGUUAUGGCUUAGAGGCCUUUGCAUGCGCUUGGCUUUCUAGGUCUGUCUGCUGGAGUCUUUCAGUGAUCGAUUAUAGAGCGAAGAGAAAACGUCACAUUUGGAGAUUGAUAAGUGUCACAAUUUUGUCUGGAAAUACUUUACAUACGCAAUUUUAAAUUUUUUUUAAAAAUCUUCACUCAUAUUGAAACUACAACUUUUGUUGCAGAACUACUCCACUGCAGAAUGGUACAACAUUAUCAUGUUUACACUACGAAGGACAAAUUUGUCGAGACAUCUUCUCCACAAAUCUUUCUUCGUUAAGCUCAUUACCAAGGCUUCACAGUUCAGAACAAAACUCUGUGGAAAGUGUACUUCAAUUCGCUAUCACAGCCAUUAACCAACUUGUGACGCAUCAUGAAUGUAGUGUUGCGAUGACUAUUGCGCUGUGCCACUACACUAUGCAACUUUGUCCCUCAAACAACAGUGUCACCGCGCACUUCUGUACCAGCGAAUGCAAUGAUUUGUACGUUAAAUGUGGUCAGUUUAUUCUGCAACUUGAGGAAUAUGUGAAUAACAUUCCAAGGGACGAAGAGUUUUCAUUCCCUCGUUGCUUUGAGCUAAAUAACGCUUCUGAGUUUAGAGUGUCAUCAAAUGAGGCAUGCGCUAAGCUUGGCCUAGGUCAGUACAAAACUAUCUUGUGUAUUAUAGUAAGCUUUAUCAGAUCGACAACUCCUCAACUAUCUGCUUGGAACCACUUACUUUGUAUUAUUGUGACCUUAUCACUUUUAAUGUUCAAACAUAGCUGUUUACGAAGGAACGAGGAAGUAGGCAGUUUGAGGAAGCGAGCCGCGCUCAGUUCCUCUAGCAACCUUGCUUGAUUUCAAAAGCAGAAGAAGAUCGGGCCAUGGGGGGAGUCGAAAGAGCAGCGCAAGCAACCCAAGCUCCACAAACAGCCCAAACAUACAAGCAAAACACCACGAAGCUCUGAUCAGGAAAUUUCAGUGAAAAUCCAGUCCCUUUUCGAACCCCUUGGGGUUUUGUGUCACCCUUUCCUGUAGAAAUGAGGUUUCGAAAGAAGCAAAAAAAAUUAAGGGGAAAAGAUAUAAAAUGGAAUUUCGACGUGCCUUUUUUGUCUGUUUUAGUUUUCUUUUUUUCUCACGUGGUCACUGAUUACUAAAAUUUUAAAUCAAAGGGAACGUUUCCUAACUUCUUUUCACUCUAAUGCCGGUUCUUCUAGUUUAGACUAUACACCCAUCCCUGAAGACGUUUUAAUUAAAAUUAUGCUUUCUCUUUGUAUUUUCUCAAGAAUUUUCGCCAUUUUCUUCGACGCAAGCUUCCCCGGAAAGAAAUUUGCCGUAUGACGCUCCGCUUUUGUCAGGUAUGUUGUGGACUGCGCAAUUGAUUCACAAGCCAGUCCUUAUCUCUUCGAGCAAAGCUCGGAAAACCACAACUCAUCUUUGUGAAAAUGUAAAAGACACGCGCACGUUGCCGGUUGUAGUCAAGGCAAAUGAUUACUGUAUACUAAAACUAACCUCCCCUCCCCUCCCACACCCGUCGGACAAGCCCCCGCAUGAUCGUAAACCGGUUUCACUCGUUCGUGCUGCUUGACUCCAGUGCCCAGUCUUUCUCAUCGGUGUAUUGUUUCCGGUUCAAUAACCUUCGUGUUUGUUACCUACCGUAUCUGCUCAUUUCCGAUUAGUUGUGUCAAGUCAUAGUUAACGAAUUCUCGUUGAGCAUGCUAACUUCCUGGAGUAGUAGAGAAUAAGCUUGGAUGCUGGUUUUCUCGAAGAAAAGGCUAUUAUAUUGAAACUCUGAAUCGACAACGGCGGGAUCUGGUUGUUACAGAAUCCGUAACCAAUUAACUGUCUAGCUGGUCGUCGCUGGCCUUACCGUAACAUAGCUAAGCAUGGAGAAGUUUGUACAACAUUUUGUAGGAUUAUUUCUGUUAGGAUUAUUCACGUCUUGUGCGCAAACUGAAGGUAAGUCCUUUAUACUCUGCAGUGUCGUUUUCUAGAUUGCUAAGCGUUAUUGUAGUGGUUAACAAAUCUUGUCUUAUGUCGCAAAUUUACGGGACACAGAAAAUGAGCAAGUGAACAUCGCGCACGUCCUGUUAUCGAUUGACGAUCGCUUCAUUCAGCAAGAACUUACGUGAUUAUAAAUGAAAUUGCCCUUUUGUGCCUGAAAGAAGGAUAAUAUCGUCUAACAGAGAAAUCUUUUCUGAGCCAUCCCUGCAAUCGGAGAUUUAAAUAUUGCGAACUUCGUCUUACACGAUCACGCGAUGAAAUCAACAAACCCGUGCAUUGUAACACAUUAGUAUCUAAUAGAUUUUAGCUGGUUUUAUCAGUCAGUUAGGUUUUGCUGGUCAUUAGUUGCGUUUUAUUGGAAUUUUUUUUCCCUGCUUGCGUGGCAGAACGGUAUUCUCAAUCUUCGCUCAACAUGAUCUGACCUUGAGUAAAGUACAUGACGUCGAAAUGGACAAGGUGCAAUAUCCAUUUACCAGGAGAAAUAUAUCUUAGACGAUAUCACUUCUAUAUUUGGCCUUAUAAACAAACUCAAGGUUUCGGAGCUGAGUCUACGCUUUUUCUUGUACAGUUAUUCCUUGUUUUGAGUCUCCACGGCGUUUUUGCUUGCAUCGCUUCGCGUGGAUGAGUUAUUAACUAUUGAAUCUUUUGUUUGUAUUUGUUAGUGGAUUGCAAUAUCGCAUAAUUUAAGAUUGAGACAAAGAAAACAAUGAUUUAAAAUGCAAAUCUUUGUUUUGCAAAAGAAGUGUUACACUUUACAGGCCAGACUUUCUAGUAGGUAGAAUUUAUAGGUGCGCUCGGAUGAGACAACUGGAAUAGAAUAUGAUAUAUUUCCGAACUUUCGAACUUUUCGGUAUUAUGUCCGGGGAUGGAGCAAUGUCACGUCUUUCAGGGAUCGAAUGUUUAUCUUUCCCUUUCGUCAUGUCAGUACUGCAAAAUCGUGUUCCGGUUUUCCUGUGACAAGAUUUAAAUAAAUCGUGCUUUUCUUCGAGACAAAUUCUUAGAAUGAGUCAACAGAGUGCGGGUUUCGUUUCCUUUCCAUCCGUGCUGUUUAACGCGGCGUAAAAAGGAAUUUUCAAUUUCUGUUAUGGGUUUGUACGCUCUGAAAGCCAGGUUAAUUUGCGGUAUAGUGGCAAAGUACUUUAAGUGCGAUCGACACACCCAUUCUAACUAACAGACCGUUUCUCUAAACCCCCCGGUGGUUUACUUGGAAAUUUCUGUUGACUAAGAACGGAAUUUCUUCAUACUCGCAGAUUUGACAAAACUCUCGUGCAUUGAGAAAACGCCAGACAAAUUCGAUCCAAGCAUGACAGUUCGUUCCCUCUCACUUCGCUAUCUCAUGAAUUCGAAGUUUUAACUUUACCCAGUGGUUCACAAAGUUUAUUUUCAGAACACAAUGGGUAGAAUUCGAGUUUCAGUAGUUCAGUAGUUAAAUGAGAGGGGACAAAAUGUCAAUGUGGUCGCGGCAUUGGAAAUUCAUUACAUUAGGGGUUGUUUCAACAAUUCUUUUUCGCCGUUGCAAAGAAAUAACAACAAAUAAAUAAAUAAAUGAAAAUAUGGUUUGAGGACUCCUUUAGGUCUUUUCCGGGGUGAGAAACCAGUAAGGAUAAAGUUUAAAAGUCAAUUAGUCACGAGACAAGACAGAUUAAAAUAUAGGGCUAACAAGUGAUCUCGACACUGACUGCAAUGACAAGUUCUGCUUGAUGGCUUUUGAGGAAGUUUUAGUUUUGCAGCCAACAGUUAUAAUUUUUCAUUUUUUAUGCCUUAUAACUUUUAAAUGUUCGGCUUUUUCAGGGCGAAAGUUUAACAGCUACGGAUACAUAUUAAAAAGAUCCGUGUAAUGAUAUUUAGCCAUAUUUAGCCAAUGCAGCUGGCCGCGAAUUUGAGUGAGACAGUUCAGUAAUUGACAUCGCAGUUGAGUUUAAUUAUGGUUGAAUUAGAACUAGACGAACAACACCCCACGUCUUUUACACAUUCGAUGCGCUCGAACUUAAAAAUUAAAAAAAAAAACAGAAAAAAAGCCGUUUUGGCUCGUAAUAAAACUGCAAACAUCGCAGUAAUUUGAAGCAACACAAUAAAUAGCAGAGAAAAUAUGGGAAGCGCAAAAAUGGAAAAGGAAUAAACGGAUUGCAAUUACGGCUUUUUAAAAGCGAUAACUCCAGCAGUCUUUUUUUCAUACCGACAACGCUCCGCAGACUUUAGGGACCUUAAGCAAGGACGACGACGGCAUUGAAAACGUCGGUAAAAAAACAAUGAGUUUGCGUUCUUUCAAUCUUAAUCGCGUCUAUUUGGACCCGCUCAAUAUGUCAAAUGCAGGCGACUUUUCCUGGAGUUGAAUUCCUAAGGAUUUUAUUCAGGUUAAAAAAGAUGAAGGAAAAUUCGUCGUCGUAUGUUCACGUCCUCCAUAAAACGGCAAAUUAGGAGGUUUCACGUCGUACAGUGGACGUGAAAGAAAUGUACUAAAAAGCGUGAUGCACGUGCAGAGCUGUUGUUUUGAUCCUUAAACCUAUUGUUUUUUUGAAGUCGUCGUUGUGGUCGUCCUCGUAGUUGCUUAAGCUCCCUAUUAGCCUGCCUUCAGAGGUCCGUUCAGGAAAUAUCCGUAGCUAGGAUGAAUUAUACAGUGCAAGCGGUUUCAUAAAGUUAUUUUGAACUUCGCUUAUAAUUAGUGUGAUUGACAAUACUGAACAUAAUAGACUGGAUUGACCUGACACACCCCCUUUUCUUUGGAACCCUCUUUGAGCAAUCAUGAAUAUGUAACUUCAUUUAUUUACUUAUUUACCGGACGCUGGCCAAGUGAUGUAUUUGCACUUUGUUAAAUACAGUGUAUGGUUAAGUGUGAUGAGCAUUUUGAAACUAGUGAAAAAAGAAGUUUCGUCUAGUAUGCUAGAAUUUCAUUCAAGGGCGAUGCAAGCAUGGGCACGUUCAAGCACAAAGAUAUGUCAAGCAUCCAACUCAAAACAUUUUCUUCUUUGUUUAUUUUUCUUGUUGCUGAUUUUGCGCUUGACUCUCGUCGCUCGAUUCAUUUCGCAAGCACGUAAGUCACACACUUCCACCUUUUGAAGUGUAAACGUGCCUUUGUGCUUGUGUUUGCUUUUUACUCGUACAGACCGGGACAAAACAAGUGCAAACUCAAGGUGACAAUAGCCUGCAGAACAGGCGUUAUUUUUUCGCGUUUUUUGGGCGAACGAAGCAGGAAGCAGGCGUGGAGCGCAAGACACACGCGACGGGGGAACGCGUUGUCGUCUGGUAUGUUGGGAUGUAGCUUGCUCAAACGGACUUGUGUACUCUGUGCUUGCGUUUGCUUCGGAUGUGUGAACAUCUCUUGUGCUUACGAUUGCUUCGAAGAUAUCCUGGGCCAAAAAUAAAAAACAAAACAAAACAAAACAGGGCAAGCAAAUAAACAAGCGAACAAACAAAACCUAGAAAAAAGGUUAUGGGCGUUUGCCUUGCACUCUUUUAGUUUUCGCUUUGUACCCACAUUGUAGCUUGUGUCAGUCUACAACCGUCGUCAUGCCUAAUCUCGUAUCCAGAUCUCUUAUCGGCAAAGUUCGUCUUUAAUAGAUCUGGGUAUGAGAUCACCGCCAUGCCCUCCUCAAUGCUUUGUCUUAAAACAGGGUUUUUUUCUCUAUAUUUUCAGUUGCGCGACACAACUGUUCUGCGAUACAACCUGAGGAGAAAGUUGGAUGUGUUCUCCCAGAUCCUGAGAAUCCAAAUGCCACAGUUUGUUUAUUUCUCGGCUGUUGCUGGAAUCCAACUGAAGAAAACAUAAAAUUAAAAUGUUUUACGAAAAGGUAGGUUUUAUCUUUAAAUGGAAUCUUGAGGGGAGGGGGCCACUCCCUGUGCUGUGAUGGUCUCUAAAUAUUGGCCGGUCAUAAAGUGCAGCCCAUUUUCCUUUCAAGUAAAAACACGGGUCGUACGCGUUGUGUAGCCCGCAGUGCAGGCGUAUUUUGGGGGGGCGAAAGUAGCUUGCGUAGAAGUAGUGGGCGCAAGAAAGAACGAGCGCGCGAGAGGGAGACACGUGUUUUCCUCUCGCGCGCUUGUUCUUUCUUGGGCUGCUUGUUUAUGUUCGUACUGUUGUAACCGCCAUCUUUGAUGUUAUGACGGAGGAAGAUUAGGGAGAGUAAAAAUAGUAACCCUUAGGGUAGGUGCUGGGACGAAAGACUCGCCCCAUGUUCUCCUCUCUUUUGGAGUUUCCACAUGGCGCUUUCGCGAGCAAAACAUGCGCGCGCCCGAAGAAAACGCCUGUACUGCAGGCUAGUCGCUGUGUGAACCGUGCUUAUAACAAAAGGCUAAAGAAAAAAAAAAGCUGAAUGUUCUGACAUUUUGUUAGACAUUAUAUAAUAUAAAAAACAACAACAACGGCAACCAAAACAAAAGAGAACCUUACCUUUUGUAGGCCACGUUUUGGAUUAUUUGUUAUCCACGUGAAUUAAUGCCAUUCUGUAAGUGAACAGUCCAGUUUCGAAUUAAAAAUCACCGCCGAAUACCAAUAUUAACGACACAUUCGUACAGGGUUAGCCUCUACGUAAAGUAAAAUAUUCAGAAAUUCUGGCAAGUAAGUGUUUGAAAUUUGAAUAUACACAAUAGACAGAGUAAUAAACAGGUCAUUUUCUUGUUGGAAUUUGUAAAUAUAUUACUUCAGAUGGAGGCUAAGGCUGUAAAAAAUGCGUCUUCAUUUCUAUAAUUCAGCGGUCAUAGCGAACUCGAAAAUGGGCUAUUACAGAACAAACACAGUUUCAUAAUGUGAGUUUUUUCCUAAAGCUGCCGUCUUUUACAUAUCUGUUACUUACUGUUAUGUGAACAGAAAAAAUUAUUGAAAAAGAUCACCCCUGGUGGGAGUCGAACCCACAACCUUUGAAUUAGAAGUCCAACGCGCUAGUCCAUUGCGCCACAGGGGCUGACACAUUUCCCAUUCCUAUUGCUUGAAUAAUAGGGAAAAAAUGCGGUUUAGUUUGUGCCCCGGGGGGGUACUUUAGGGAUUUUUGGGUGGGGAUGUGCCACAGGGACCCGGGAACCCUUAGCCUAUACUAGAGCUUGUUCAAGUGAAUUUUGCUACCCUAUACUAGACUAAACUCCCAAAAUCCAAACCCCCCCCCCACCCCACCCCCUUAUCCCAGAGUAGCUGUUUCCCAGAAACUACUGACGUCGCAAACACAGUCCAGCCAAAACAAAACCGAUUUGAUUUUUUUCAUAUUUUUGAGGGGCAAUUCCCUGUACUGUUUCCCUAGUCUAGACUAAAAUCUUCAACCGAUUGAUCAGUUUCCUGGAAAAUGAUACCCUAUUCUAGACCUAAACUCUCUGAUUUAUAUACCCUAUCCUAGAGUAAACUGCUUGAAAACCAUACCCUUCACAGCGGCACAUACCUAUAUAGCCCAUAUAUGGUACCCCCCCCUCCCCCGGGGAUUGUGCCCUGUUACAACAACAUUAGGGAGUUUAAGAUACAACGACGGCGGCGAAAUAGUCAAUCAAAAAGUAACUUGUUCGCGGUUUUUGAAACUUCAGCGGCGCAAUUAUCCCAACUUGUUGACUUUGUCAAGUGUAGGCGAACUCUCCAAGGGUGAAUUUCUAGGAUAGAUGUUUUAAGGCCUAUUUUACAUGGAGAAAACAUGUCCAAGGUAGAAGGGUCACCCUUCCAGCCUAGUCAACUUUACUGAGCGUUUAUAUGCUCUAAUUAUCUCGCCUUGACCAUGUUGAUCCAGCGGGGCUCGGUGCCGGAUCCAGACCUUGAGAUAAGGUGUGUGGGGGGUGGGGCGGGGGGGAUGUCUUCUUCAGCCUCGGUUAUUUUGAUUUUAGUGACUUGCAAUUGUUUGCCAUUUUCAUAUUCAAGGUCGAUUUUUCGGAAACAUAUCUCAUGACAAGUGCUGAAAAUAGAGUUUCGGAUCCUCCAAAUUUAAACCUUUUCUGGGGGAGGAUACCCCAGACGCCCCUACAGGGCUCGCGCCUUCGGCACUUGCGAUUAUGUGCCUCCCUCCCACCUCCCUAUCCCCGUAACAAAAACCUACCUACGGCCAUGAAAAUUGUUGUUUUGCUAAUCCAAGACCCCGUUUCCACGGGUGGUCUGAACAAAUAUUUGAACGGACAAUAACCUGCACGAAUCCACCUUUUAUUUACACGGGACCCGCGAAACCGAUCUCGUUUUUGAACCGCAAAUAGUACUGCAAUCUGUAACAGAAAUAACACGGUUCCGUUUAAACGGGUUGCACAGAUAAAAAAAAUGCGUCCGUUUAAAAAUUUGUUCUCACCCGUGUAAACAUGGUCUAGCUUUUUUGACAUAACUCUUAAUUAAACUCCUUAUUCCUCUUUCUCGUAACCGUUGCCGUCGUGACAUAACUCUUAAUUAAACUUCCUAUUCCUCUUUGUCUACGUCUGACCUAUUCUCUGUUUAAUUUCAGCGGUGGCACAUGCAUACCUUAUGCAGGAAAAGUUUGCCAGGAGUCAAUAAACACAACACUCGGCUCUUACAGGAGCACUCCGCGUUUCAUUGAUAACAAAUUUGGUCAGUCUGGUACUGAAGCAUUCCUGCAGAUGGGUACAAAUAUAAUAAACAGAUUUGUUAAAGAUGACAGAAAGUGUCGGUAUAUUAUGCACAACAUGUUGUGCCAGUACACUUUACAGCCUUGCUACCCGGAUAACGCGGUCGUGGAAUACUGUAAGGAAGAUUGUGAAGCCAUAUUCACAGACUGCCAGGAACCGCUUAAUCAAGUUAUUGGUGCUGUAAAGUUCUACGUGGAGGACAAAGGUCUUGAUUUUGUACAUACGGGGCUACCUGACUGUACCAAACACAAACCUGCUAAAUAUUUUGACAACUUGCCAAACAGGACGUGUAUCAAGACUGGGUUCUUUAGUAAGUAGUCUUUCUUAUUUGAUAUUCCUUUAGGCAGUUUUCAGACCUGGUUCCUGGUACAGAAGGUGCGAACACAACACCAGUGUGUGACGGUACCUCCGUACUAGUGGUACGGUAACAAGUGUAAACAGACCCUUCGAGUAGUUGUUGAAGACCAGAUCUUUCAGUGGAACCCGGUUUAACAUGGCCUAAGUAUCUGUAUUACCCGGCUAUGCGUAUUACGUCACGGAAACCUGUUUGAUCGGUUCAAAGACUAAAAAAAAAUCCACUUAAUUAAAACAAAAACAUUCGCUUGUUCGAGUUGUUCGCUCAGCGUUUCAAAGGCGUCCAAAAGCUUUUCGAGCCCGAAAAGUUACCGUAGCCUACACCACAGAUGACGGAAAUAAACUUCUGGGCCGAGUUGUUCAAAGCUGGGUUAAGAUAACCCAGGGUUAGUGCGAGAUUUGAAUUCUGAUUUGAAAGCUUAAAAAGCAUUUUAGUUUUAAUUCUUUUAGUCUAUUAGUUGAUGAUUGGAAGUUCUAAAAACAAGACGCUGUGUGAGCGUAUAUUUGGGCGUGGUCGUACUAUGGGUACGAUACUUUGAACAUGCCUUAUUGCAGCUAAAAAACUGUCAUCAUAUCUUACCAGGGAAGACAAAUCCUUUACUCCACUUGUUUGCCGAACCACACAGCUUAUACAGUAUGUCCCAAUCCACAACAAAAAUAGUGUAACUUCACGACACUGUUUGAAAAUAUGCACAUCUUCAAUGCGGACAUGCUUGGAGCCAAAUUACAACAUAGAACAUAAGUGGUUACAGCCCAGAGAGUAAGGUUUAUCUCAGCUCCACUGAUACUGACAGAUGUGUUUUCACACCCAUCACUUUGUACAGUGUAUUCCGGUUACUAACAGGGGCAAAUAAAGUUCCUUAAGUCCAGUAUCCACAAGGAUUAAUAAGAGAGUAACACAUUGCAUAAACUACUAUAGGGCAGCACUGUUUACAGGAACAUUGGUAACUACCGGUAUUAACAUUUGAUAUACUACAAUUUUCAACAUUGCUUGAGAAAAGAUGAGGUUCAAAGGUGGCAAUAUGUACACCUUUAAGUUCAUAUAUAUCCUCAUUCCUAUGUAGAGUCUGAAAAUAUUGUACUAAUUUAUGCAUGGAUGGUAUUUCCAACAAUACACAUGUCCCUUCACUAUGACUGUUAUGAUACAUAUCUCUAGCAUGAGAAUCAAAUGCAUUAUAUCCCCCAGCCUCAGUGCUGUAGAUACCAAGACCAAUAAUUGCCACCAUUAAAAUGAAUGAGUUGUAGUUCAGUGCCAAGAGUGUUUCAAAUGCUGUAACCUGUGAGUGGCAUAUACAGUAGUGAUGGAUGUUACAAGUAUAACUGUCACUGUAUUCAAGGUGGAAAAAUUGCUCAAACACUGUAACCAUUCCUGGCAAUUCUGUUAACAUUGACAUAGAUUGUCUUACAAGCAGUGACAGACAAGAAUAUAAUUGAAUACCAACAAUCAUUAUUUGAGUCAUAUCAACUGAAAUAAUCUUUGUUAUCUUACUGUAAAUUAAAGCGCACAGACUCACUGCGACACAUCGUUGUCCACCAUUUUCCCCAAAUCCUGUAACAUUUCCUUGACAGUAUGGAGCAUUAAUUGUUUUUGUAGCAUCUACAUAAACUGAAGGUCCUGGAUUCUUCUCUAUAUGAGUACAAAGCUUAAAUUGGCCAAAAUUACCCGGUGAUUCAAACUGUUUUAAGCAGUAUAAAAUGGAUAAUUACAUGUACAGAGGGGCAAAUUCUUACUUAGAAGCCUAUUUGGAUAUCUCAUUCCACCUAAAUUGCCUGUGCUCUAAUGCUUGGACGACAGAUACACCUUCCCUCGUUUACGAACUAGUUUUGGAGGUGCCCCUUAAGUAAAACCCCACACUGUUACAGUUACUUCUGUACCUUUUUAAGUGUAAACCUUUUGUACUUUUAACAUAACAAUGAAUUUCAGACGACAAUGGUGUAUUUUCCCGAAUACUCUUCCAUACAAAGAGUGUCACUUUCCGUGUUUUCUGUAACAAAGAUUUUAUUUUGUUCAUUGGUAGUCUGCUAGGGGCAUGACGGUAACCGGUCAUUUCGUUCCAUGGUCAGAUCGUUGACAUUGUUCCAAGUCAGAUCCAUAGGCGUACGGGCCGGGGGGGGCGAGGGGGGCUGCAGCCCCCCCAAAUUUUGGGCAGCGAGAGAAAAUUUGGGCAAAGCCAGUUCUUAAAGACGUCUCCAUGUUUAUUUAAUUAUUUUAAAGACCUGAAUAUUAACCUGAAGUCGGCGUAAUAAUCCAGUUACAUUACAGUGGUUGCCUAGCAUGUGAUGAGUAAUUUACAUAUUUGCAGCUUUUUUUUGUUGGUCACUAUACUGUACUGCACUAGCUGGAAUGGGCUAUUUCUAGUUGUGAAUUGAUUAAAAUAAACUUUCGCAUAACUUUCUAGAAUCAUCUCAAUUCGAAGAACGGUGUAUGGCAGAUAGCAUUUAGCAAUGGGUAUUGCCUGCAUAGCAAGCGUUUCCGCGCGAGUUCGACUGGAAACGCUUGCUACGCAGGUUACAAUGGGUCUGAAAAUGAAGAGGUGGCUGACUAAUUCUCAGUCUGAAUUACGAGAAGAAUCUUAAUUCUUUUAAAAAAUCUAUCGAGCGGUUUAAAUUAUUCGAUAAUUUGUUAAAGUAGACCAAAAUGUUUACACUGUGAACCGCUAACAAGAGUGUCUCGAUACAUACUAAUCAAAUCCUUCUUUCGAUUCUAGCAAUCAAGCAGAGCUAUCUCCACGAUCUUUCACACAUGUUUUUAAAACGAUUAAGACUACUAUGAGGUGAAAUUGCAGGUCAAAAGCGCUUCGUUUUCUACAGAUAACGGCCAAAAAUCAAGAUUUUCCUUUUCUUUUCGUAUUUCUAAUAAAAAAAACUUCACUCCAAAAUAUCUCGAAAACGCUCUUAAGGUUUUGCUCAAACUUCACGAACAUCGAGGCGACCGUAUUGGAGAAAAAAGCUCCUGUGAACGAUUUUGUAAGGUUCCCGUGCAGAGAAUCAUGGAGUUAUUUCGUUGCUAUGAUAACUCCGAUGUCAUUGCAACCCUGAUGAUGACAAAUUUUCAUCUUAAUACAACUGUGGUCGCUAUUUUUCCAAAUGUUUGUUUAUGGCGACGUAGUUUAUGCUCAGACUUGGUAUUGCCCCUGGAAAACUGUAUCGAGCCACCUUCAUAUGCCAGGACGGCCUAUGUUGUUGCAAUAUGGCCCUCAUUUCUUUUCGACUCUUUCGUAAAAAUUUGGGCAACUUGCGAGAUUUUUUGGGCAAAUGGUUUACCGCCCCCCCUGGCAAAAAAUUUCCCGUACGCCUAUGGUCAGAUCGUUCCAAUCCAUAGUCAGAUCGUUCCAUAAAAUAGUCAGUUCUUUCCACAAAAAAGUCAGUUCGUUCCGCAUAUGAAAAGUCAAGUCCAUCUUUCUAAAUUUGUUGAGUGAACUUUACCGAGAAGAAAAACGUUUCGUUCAUACCAGAAGCUGAUAAAAUAAGAAAGGGCGUAUGGAAAGGAAGGAAUCUGGAAUCAGGAAUCCGGAAUCCGGAAACGCAAACGGAACCGGAACCGGAACCGGAACCUAACAAAUAAAAAUUUCAGACGUUUCUGUCUUGAGAGUGUCACUAACAAUAAUUGCUAGAUCAAGACUUUUCAUUCCCACAUUAUAUUUAUCUAUUGUUAUUAUAUUUUUUACUGUCCCACUUUUUGCGUACGGUGCAAAAUUUUUCUUCGAGAAUUUCACAUACGCGUGAGCGUUGCAACUUGGGAUCAUGAUUGACAUGAGUACUCCUCCUCCCUUUGCUGCCUUUCCCUCACAAUGGAUGAAACACGGAGCCUUUUUUAAGAAAAGAGUAACUUAGGCUCAAGAGAAGGAAUUGAAUAACACAAAACAACGCGAGUUUCGAAUUACAAUCUCGAUUUUAUGGUAAUUUGUCAUGCCCGAAAAUAUAAUGGACUACCUGAUUUAAAGCAAUGAAAUCGUAAGUUCUGUUAUAAAUGAAUUUCCCACGACGAGAACUCAAUUCAACUUCUUUUAUUUCCUCCACAACACAAUUUUCCUUCUGUACACCUAGCUCAUUACCUUCUCUUGUCGUCACCUCGCUGCCAUCAAAACACUCUAACACAAAACUUGCUGAUAAUGCAAAAUCCCGACGCACAGCAUCGUAUGAAAAAACACAACACGCAAUACAAAAACAAGUACAUUAACCGUCACCCUGCUAAACAAAAUUGAAGAAGAAUUGUUGCAGUUAUCACAGUAGUUCCAAAAGAAGCCUCAGACCCUUUUGGUUUCAAUUGUUGACAAUCGUCUCUUCCUUCAUUGGAACAGAUUUUUAUCACAGGCAACUCACUGUGUUCCGCAAUGCAAAACCCAAUUCACUAUUGUCACACUGAUAACCAGCUACACAAAUCUUGCGACUCUCAAACUUGUUCAACAUUCCUCUAUUCCAACUCUUAUCCAUUUUACACGUACACUCCUGAUAUUCCGAUUUGUUAUUACGUCUAUGGGGUCCAUGAGUCUUUGAUGUCAUUGAAUGUCUUGAUAAUUUCCUUUGUCUUUCUUUGAGUUCGCGGACCAGCCCAUAGACCUGUUCGGCUAACUCAAUGUUGUACCCAAUUCAAAUCUCCCCGGGAUAAGAUUCUUUGUGUAUUGCAUUUGCAUUAUAAUGUGGCAUUCACAUUUAAAUGAUAUGGAAAUUCCUGAAACAAAACGUUUUAUUCCCAAAGGGUUUGAAUUGGGUACAACAUUGAGUUAGCCGAAUAGGUCUAUUCCCAAAACACUCAGUGUUAUUUUUUAGUGCGGGCCUACCGCGAACAGUGUGUGCAUUUGUAAGUUUAACCCGGAAUAACAUGAUUGAACAAUAUAUUAACACGUUCCUCGAAACGACGAGGCCAAAUGUUCUCCAAACUGCUUCUCACUGCUGCUUCGAAAAAUUUCGGAUCAAACGAUAUCCAAAUCGUCCCUCAUUGGAUUAUCCACUCGACCUAACAAAAUCGACCAAUCACAAAAAAUGGACAUAAAAUAAAGAAAAGAGCAAAUUCAGAUGACCUCUUAGGAAACAUGCAAUUAAAACUGUCUUUCGAUGAUUGGUGCAUUUCGAUCCUCUCGUCAAAAAAAUGUCAGACGUCAAUCAUCUUAGCGGAUCUGUUAGGAAAGGAAAGUUUUCUUCAACGGGUUCAAAAGGUCAUUGUUUAUGGUUUGUGAUUGGUUGAUUUCGAUCCGUUUUUUGAGUUUCUUUGUUUCAAGGUUCGUUGCUUGUGAUAUUUGACCAAAACUCGACGUUAAUAUUCCAAAUACUUUUGAUAGCUUUCAUCCCUGGACUUCAGACUUCCAAAUUUCGAUGAGGCAAAAAUACCGAAGAUUCAGAUUAAAUUUUGAGAUCGUAAAAGUGCGAUUAAGUGCAGUGUGCAAGCAGAGCUUUCUUUCCCACAUGCCUCUCACCUUGUACAAGACGUUCGCAUGACAGACAUUCGCCUCGCUUCGCUUGUUUACUUGCCUUGUUUACGUUAGCACGUAUUGCGUGCCUAUUGCACAUUUGAGUCAAAACAAGCCGUUUCCAUUAUUCUAUUUGGGCCACGCCCAAAUAAUAACAGAGAAAAUUACCCAAGAAAAUGCUUUUGAACACAAGAAAGAGAAACCCGGGUUGAAUUUAACCCCGGGUUAAACGCUAAACGGCUUUCGAACAACUGGGCACUGGUUACCGUAAAUGAUCGAUUGAGGGCCGCUACUUGAUCAAGCGCCGCUCUCGAAUAUGGGUAUUUACAAAUUUGCCCCCCAGAUUUGUUACGGCGCUUGAUACAAAGAGAUAUCAAAACAAGAUCACUUGAGAAUUAAGACCUCUACCAAAUCGUGAGUUGUAAAGUGUUAAAGUAGCUAGGGAAACUCUUCAAACCUGGUUUAUAUAACAGAUCGAGGUGUACAUAUCUUCUUGUGCUCACCUUGUACGCCCCUCACUUAAUUCUUUUUAUAUUCCCCUCAGUGUUUUACAAGUAGUUGAAAUAAGCGCCGCUCUCGUAUAAGCACCGUACCUAUAACAGGGAAAAUGAAAUUAGCGCCGCGGCGCUUAAUCAAUCAUUUACGGCAAGUCCGUCUACGAAACAGCGCCAAAAUCCUUGUUCUCGGUCCCCACCUGUGUACCAGGAUUUGAGUACGCGCCAUGAUUGACCUGUUAAAAAAGCCAUUGUCGAUUUUCCAAUCAGAUUGAAGGGAACUCGAAACGCACUUCCAGUAAUUCGUUGAGUCCGUUGGGGAGCCCGGAACUAGGAUAUUAGAGAGCUUAAGCAACGACGACGCGGAUGGCAACGAGAACGGGAAAAAAGCAAUAGGUUUGAUUAGCAAAACAACAACUUUGCACGUGCAUCGCGCUUUUUUUGUACAUUUCUUUACCGUCGUUGCUCGACUACAAAGUGCCUGAAUUCACGUUUUGUCGAGGACGGGAACACAAGACAACAAUUUUCUUCUCUUUUCCUCAACUUUGAUACAGUCCUUUAGAAUUCAACUCCAAAAACAUUUGCCAACAUUUGACGAAGUAAACGAGAUGGAAUAAGCGCGAUGAAGUUUGAAGCGGUGCGAAUUCACUUUUUAAGUGACGUUUUUGUAGCCGUCGCCGUCGUUGUUGCUUAAGCUCCCUAUUGGCACUGCUUCGCAGACGUUACUCACCGGGGUUAGGUUGCGUCUGCGGCGUAGGCUAAGCUACCAGGACUUCCGAGAAACGGGCUCCAGGAAACGGGCCCUAGUAAAGACGAAUGUAUUGCCUGACGACGCAACCUUUCCAUGUCCUGGUUUUUUGAAAAGAAACAAAAGGAAUCAUAUUAUUUGGCAGCCUUUGCCUUCCAUUGAUGAUGAUCAUGUGUUUCCUCCUUUUGCAGAUUACACAGAGGAAGAGGAAGAGGAAGAAGUUGAUUCCACACCCAGUCCCCCAGCGGAUGGCGACAAACUACACAUCAUCAUCCCCCUAGUGGUCAUAGGUUUUCUUCUCAUUGUGGUUUGCAUUAUUUUGGUCAUGUUUCUUCAACGAAGAAAGAGAAAAAGGAAAGACGCUGUGGAUAAUGCGCAUGACAUCACUAAAAAGGGUUCUAUUACAAUGCGAGACAGAUUAAGGGCGGAGUCCCUAAAAAGCCUCGAUUCAAGGCUUCUGAGACUGUAUGAUCCAAAUAAAUUGAGGCAAUACCCAUUGGAUCACGUGCAGUACGUGAGGGACUUGGGCGAAGGCUUCUUUGGCAAAGUGUUUCAAGGUACUGUAUACCUACAGAAUAGAAAAUUUGAUACCUCCUACUGUCGUUAUAGCAUACGUAGCGUCGGAGCGUGAUAAAAUAAACAUCGCAGCGAAGUCGCGAGAGAAAUGGGUUACUCUUCUGACAAUGGUGUCCCUUUGACCCCUCUUCAACGAAGCGGGCAAAUACACAGUGUGAGAUUGCAAAUCCAGUGGAACCUUUAUCCAGGGGACACCCUCGGGACCGAGGAUAGUGUCCCCUGAAUAGAGGUGUUCCUUCAAUAGAUGUUGAGCUGAGUUUGUCACUAAUAAACCGACAAAGAAAAUAUACAUGUAUAUUUUUUAUUCCGCCUCAAAAUCUGCUGCAGACAUUAUUUCAAGCAGGUAGAUAAUGUGUAAAAAGAUCGCGAUUAACAUUUCUCUACGAUAUUUGUGUUGAUUCCCACUAGUACCUUACGUCGAUUUCAGUGAGAUAUUCAUUGAGUGACAGCUGUCAUAAUUGUGAUCAGUGUACACUUAAACAUAGCAACCCUCCCUGUGAUUAGUCACAUUUUGAGUACUAAGGUGUACCCUGAAUGAGGUUAAACCUGGGUUUCGGGAUCCAGAAAAAGUGGCCCUUUCCCCUGAAUAGAGCUGUUCCUUCAAUAGAGGUAAGCGAGACAACGAAAUCUAUGUGAACAGUUUUCCGGGGCUAAAUUUUGUGUCCCUGAAUAGAGGUGUUAGUUUCAGUUUCAGUUUCAGUUCAUUUUUUUUGCCAGAAAAAAAAAAUUCUGGAAUAUACAGUUAUUCAAUAUGUUACAAGAAAGAUAGUGACAUAUUGAAAAUGGUGUAAAUUGUAUCGGUGGAACAAUUAGAGGUAUUUUUCUGGCGAGGAUUGAAAUUGAAACCGUGGCGGCUUAUUACAUGAGCUCCUUCUCUAACCUAAGACUAUUAAUAUAAUAAAUAAGCAGCGAAAUCAUUUUGAAAUAUAUAUAUAUUUAGGAUAAAAAGCAAGCAAAACAAAAUACACCAAACGGAAAAAAAGCAGCAAAAAACAGGUAUUGUUUGCAAGUGGUGAAUCAGCUAAGGAAACAUGUUUUCAAUCUGAAUUUAAAAUAGUAUCAGUACUUUGCAUUUUAUGAUUUAGAGAAUUGAAAAAUUGUGGACCCUGAAAUCUCAUACGAUAAUUAACAGUUAUUCCUCGAGUCCGAAUGGGCUGUGAGUCAAUAGGCCUCAUGGGCUAUUGACUCAGAGGCCAUGAGGGCGAGAGGAAUAAUUGUUUUAGUAAAAUCCAACUAGUUGGUCAAAAAUAUCGAGAAUAAACAAAUUUUAGCUAGUUUAAAGCUAGACUUUAAUCCUUUUUUGCCGCCAAAAAGCCCGCGCUUUUCGCUACUAGGGGGCUAUAACAUAUAGCCUAGUAGUAGCUCAACCAAUCAGAACCCAGCAUUGAUAAUAGACCAUUAGUUGGAUUUUACUUAAGUCUUACAUUUGUCCGUGCAGAAAAUAAGUAGAAAGUAUUUGAAUUUCUGCUAUUAUAGGAAUGAACUUGAUUUGUCAUUAGAAACAUUUCUUUAAACACAUUAGGGAGCAGGCCUAUUUUAUAAGAAUACAUAAACUUUCUAACUUGAAACAAGUAAAUUUUAGAGAACUUCAGUAUUUGUAAACCUUUAAAUAUAAAAUAGGGGUGUCCGAAAGGAGAGGUCCCAGUGCUUGCGCAAUGUCGUCUCAUCAACAUAUUAUAUAACGUAAGAUCGUCCGUUUGUUUGGUUGACGUCAUUCUGUGACUUUGCGCUUCAUUCAAAUAUUUACUUGUUUUGAAAAGCUACACGUAAUGUUAGUGAAGUUCUUGUAAACUAAUCAGAACAACAAAGUGCUCUUCCACCAUAAAAACAAAGCGUUUACAUGAUUUUUGGGUCAAAUUUUACGUUAUAAACAAAUGUCAUCGUUAUCUUACAGGACGCGCGACAGGUCUAAUCGAAAAACAACCCAAGAAAGAGGUUGCUGUGGCAGUGAAGGCUCUUAAAGAUGAACCGUCCAAAGAGCAAAAGGAUGAGUUUUUCAGAGAGGUGACUCUGAUGUCCAUUUUACGACAUCCAAAUAUUGUUCAGCUACUGGCAGUGUCCACAGAAGAGGAACCUUAUGGAAUGGUGUUCGAGUUUAUGAGUAAUGGUGAUUUGAAUCAAUUUUUGAGGAACGCUCUGCCAGCGGAAACUUCACUUGACUCAGAUAACCAAGCAAAAGGUACUACUGGAUGUACAUUUAUAUUGCUUUCCAGUGCCGGAUCCACACCUCGAGAGGGGAGGGGUGGGGGGGUCUCCAAAAAACUUUUUUCGGCCCUUUAGGCCCCAGUUUGGUCAAAAAAUAAGGGGGGGGGGCUCCUCUAGAUCCGCCACUCUUUUCUUCCUGAUUCAGUCGUAGCCUGUGAGCAAGGUACAGUUUCGAGGCAAAGAUCUUACUCGCAGGGUAUUUCAUUUGUAAAGAGUAAAGAAAAUACAUUAAGUAGAUUUAGCAAAGAUAGUGCAGCGUAAAAUAAGAACUCUAAGGGGCGAGGGAGGGACUGCUCGCGGCUUGCGGUGGUCAGUUUGUCGCUCCUUCGCUACUUGGCUCCCCCAAAGCGCAGUAGGACUUAUUAGCGAGAUAAUAUCGCUUAUCCUGACCUUCUGGAUAUAAAUUUCAAUCUCCAAGUACUUAGUUUUUCACAGUUUAUCCCACGGCCUUUCCUCUCGAUCCCGUCAAUGCUGCUAAGUUCUACACGUCCGAUGCUACACGAUCACGUGUAAGACAUAUUAGUGCCGCUUUUUUACAAACAUUUGUAACCGAAUGCUACGGAUUGCGGGCGACAGCGAUCGAAGAUCAAAACGCUUUUGCUCCAACGCUGUGCUUUUUCCCUUGAUAGAUGGUCAAACACGCGUGAUCAGAUUACAGGUGAUAGAAAGUCCAAACGCGCGUGAUCAAGUUGCAUUAGAUAGUUACAUUAAAUCCCAUCGGCCGUAAAAAAAUCCUUACUAGACAUCUUAUGAAGUUUAAAAAACGUAGUGUUCCUUCGCGCUUCUUCACUGUACAUCUGCAGUACAAAGGGAGCCGCAGCAAUAAGGAAUACUGUGUUGUGUAAGCCUCAUAAGGUCUCCAAAAGGUUUUAGGCAGAUAGGAUGUGAUGCAAACCUGGCUACAUACGUGCUGUGCAUGCGUAAUAGUAACCUGCAGAUUAUGAUUACGGGAUCCUGUUAUCACCCGCAAAUAAUUAAGUUUACUAUUUAAUGAAUGAAUGAAUGAAUGAAUGAGUGAAUGAAUGAAUGAAUUAAUUAAUAAGAUAAUUAUUCAACAGUUUACCUCACCCAAGAAGACCUUGUUUCCAUCUCAGUCCAGAUCGCUACUGGCAUGGAAUAUUUAGCAGAGAUGAAGUUUGUGCAUAGGGACAUGGCAGCCAGAAACUGUUUGGUCGGAGAUAACAUGGUUGUAAAGAUUGCGGACUUUGGAAUGUCACGUGAUAUAUAUGCUUCAGAAUACUACAAGGUUUGUUUCGCAAGCUUUCAUAGCCACGCAUGUUCUGCCAAAAAAGCUUAGGAAAGAUUAAAUUUAGAGCUUUUCCGAAACGUGUUGGUCCACGAAUUCUAUCGCUUGAAAGCGUUGAUUACUUUGGAACAAGUGAACAUUACUGAGUGGUAUUAAUUAAGAAACCUGCGAUGGUCGGGUGUUGUAAACUUCCAUUGUAUGAAAAUGGAUCGUGUGAUGAGCAUGCGGUUUAAUUUCGGCGAUGAUUGAAACGACGUACCAUGUAACUCACUUUUUUGAUCUCUGCAAUGAUGUAAUUUCUCUGGAAUCGAGGCCCUUGAAUUUUCGUGUUUUUAUACACGCGUAUAGGCUGAGACCGCAGACGUUUUUCCGGUCGUCGCUAACACGUACUAAAUCAAUUCAGAAACAAAUAUAAAGUAUCGACGUCGAUAAAGUGGGAAGUAAAAAACCUUUAGCAAGUAAAUCCUGUUUCGUGUAGAAUUAAUCGCCUCCUCAUUUCUCGAUCUAAUGUCCAAGCAAGCGAGAUGGACGGCCGCUGUAAGCACGUUCUUGUUUGUGAUAAUUUGUCACUUAAAAGAAAGUGAAGAGGGGUUGAGUGGUAUUGUUCUUAUAGAUAUUGAUCUUUCAUGGAAAUGGUUCUUCAGCCAAGUCUCAAUCCCCGCAUCUUAAGAUUUUAGAUAUUUGUCACGUAACAAAAUCCAUGAUACAGUAAAACCUGGCAUUCCGUUAAAUAUCGGUCUCCGCUAAAUACAGAUUCGUUUUUCCUAAUAUAUGGGAAGACAACGUUUGAAAUAUACUGAGCUACCUAUCCACUUAACACAUUGUGUCCGCGUUAUACGUGGUCCGCUUAAUACAGGUUCCAAUGUAAAACGAAUCUGUAUUUAGUGGACACCUCUAUUAAACGGAUUCCAGCGAAGGUCCCGUGUGUGUCCGUCUAAUAGAGAUUUCAUUGUAUUAUCACUAAAAAAGUGGAGUUCACGUGAGUGUACGUAUUCUUCAAUAGUGCCCUUUCAUGGAAGUGGUUCUUCGGCCCUCCUCUCAACUCUCGAAUCUCAAGAUUUUUAAUAUUUGUCACUUACUGUAUUUCACAUGAUAUAUGUUUUCGUUCCAGAUGAGUAAGGAAACAUUGCUUCCUAUUCGUUGGCUAGCGCCUGAAGCGUUCCUUUACGGCAAGUUUAGCCUUAAAUCAGAUGUGUAUGCUUAUGGUGUGGUGCUUUGGGAGAUUUUUACAUUUGGUCUGCAGCCAUAUUACGGUUACACUAAUAAGGAAGUGAUGGAGUUUAUCCAGAAGGUACUGUACUCCUAAGUUACUUGCACAACUAAAUGCCAUGUUUUUCGCUACACUGAAUCAAGGGCCAGGUUUUUAUUUGCGUGUGUGUUAUAGCGUAGUAGAAUAUAGCUCAGGAAGCUUAAGCUUGAAGCCACGUAAAUCUGUCAAUAAAAGUUCCCGGCUUGCGUGUUUUUGCGGCACAAGGGGGACCGUAGAUUUACUCGGUUCCUGAAGCUGGCACUGGUUAAUAAAGAAACCAUCGGUUAAUACGGAAACCGAGUGGAUUUCAGUCGUUACGCUCGGCAAAUGAUCGGAUCUUCCAAGAGUUGUCCGAAUUCCCCUCAAGCUUUCUCUUACGAGGCCUGGGACCGCAAAAUUCAAAUUGGCCACCAAAGAAAAUACUUUCUUCGGGCGAUAUAGAAAAUAAUCUUUAUUCACUUAUUUUAUAUGGUCUAUUCUUAUGUGAGAUCCAUUUGCGUGGACGCACGGAAUGAACGCUUGCCCGGAUUUGUGUGCAUUUUCUGACUUAAAUAUUCGGUCUCGUAAAUGGACACGAUCAUAUUGACAUUCCCUUAUUGCAGGGUAUUCACUUGGGAAAACCAGAUAAUUGUCCAGACUUCAUAUAUGGAAUCAUGAAAGAUUGCUGGAUCAGAGAACCAGAGAAGCGUGUUCAAUUCACGACAAUAAGUAGGCGUUUAAAAGAUCCGUACCAUGAUUACGACGAACCGCCUUCAGACAGCGAAGACGGACCUGAACAGACAAAGACUGCUAAGCCAGGUAAAUAGACAUAAUCUGAGCAUCUUGUUAAAACGAGUAAACAUAUAAACAUAUAAAUUAAUUAAUUAAACGGGUUCAAAAGGUCAUGGUUUUGUGUUCUGUGAUUGGUAGAUCUUGAUCCGUUUUGUGUGUUUCUGUGUUUCAAGGUUCGUUGCUUGUGAUCGUAAUUUAAUAUGAUUAACGGUAGCGAAAAACGCAAUUGUCAAGGCGGCUUUUGAACUUUAGAGUUCGCGUGUUUGUGGAAAGCGCAGCUAAGGUGAUUGGCGGCAGCGAAAACCUCAAACGUCAGUUGGCUUUUGAACUUCAGAGUUCGGCGAGUGUUUUUGAAAAGCGCAGUAAUUAAUUAAACAAAUUUCAGUUUUAGCUUUCAAAAGCAAAUGCCAUCGCUAUCGUUAAAAGAUCAUAAAAAAAUCGACAAUGCCAUUUUUUUUUCUUUUUUAAAUUUUUUUAAACAGUUGUUGGUUCAUUGAGAUAGUCAGUUGGGCUACGGUCACGGUAUCUGCAGUUUAACCGAAAAAAACUGAGCUAUAACGUGUGUUUGCAUCAAUUAAGUCCCUAAUCAUAACUAUAACAAAAUUCUUAAAUCUGAUUGGCUAUCUACUGCCCUGAUUUCAGCCUCACUAGGACAGUUGAAUAGGACAGUACUCGUCAUGUCUAAGUAAUUGGACAGUACGCGCCAUCACGCGCGCGCUUAAAUGGUUUUUUUUGUUUCACUGCUAGCAAAAAAAAAUCUCGGAAUUUCUUGUCUUUUUGAUUAAAAAAAGAGCCUCAUAUAUCACAAAUUUUGUUAAAGUUAUGAUUAAGUGGUAACAGAACUUCGUGUCGUCCAAUUCGGUCUGUAAUCAUACUCGUGAUUAAACAAAUCGAACUCCCGCUACGCGGUCGUGCGAUUUUGUUAAUCACUCGUAUGAUUACAGACCGAAUUGGACUCCACUCAGUCCUGUUACCUUUACAAACAUAAUGGUUCAGAUUAUAUUUAGGUAUUGAAACUGUUUUCUGAUGUCUGUUACAACGGAAGGCAAGGGUGAACAUGGAUUGGAACUUGAAAAAAUUUGGGCCUGACACCGUAAUAUCCUCUAUUAAGCCUCUGCCCCCUCCCUUUCUCUUUUAAUCCCCCCUUUCCUUCCCCCCUUGCUUUCACAACCAAAUUAAUAAAUGAUAGACUCUAUAGAUAUAUAACGACUGUAGCACUUCAUCUUGGACUGAUCCUGUACGGUUUAUUCACGUGCUGGAAGUUCGGAUGUUUUUUAUCUCUGGCUGCAUAGCCUCUAGCGGUGUCCUUGAGGUUUUCCAGUUUGUUUCCUAGUUGUUAGUGGAGAAUUAAUACGAUCUUCUGGUUGUUUGAAAAAUUAGUAUAAGGCCCCGCUUUGCUAAAUUGAAUAAGCCCCCGUUAAAAAACCCCUCUCUCUUUAUUAAGUCCCCCCACCUUCCUUAAAAUAAGCCCUUUACCUCCGGGGGUGGGACGGAAAAUACAACUUUGAUUUCCUUACACACCCCAUAGGCUCAUGGAACUCAUGGAUCUGCUUUUUUUUCUCUUAGAAACUGGAAACUAUGACAUUCCCAGGACCCCUCCUACAAGUAAUUACGACAUUCCCCGAGCAUCGGCUCACGAAGGUUCUUACGACGUUCCACGAUCAUACGAAGAUUUAACAGCCGAGGAAAACUUGGAUAAAGAUGGACUUGUCCCUAGAGAUAUUCCAGUGUAGUUAAAUUUGCAAUUUUAAUUAUUUAAUCUCGUUACCAGCUUCUUUCGGUUGUUUUAUUGCAAAAGGGAACUGGAAUCGAUUUUUAGAUCACUUAGCGUCCUCUUUUCAUGACAAUUGCAAUACAUACUUUUGUUCUUCGCAAUGGGGUGCAUCAUUUGAUUGGUUCAUUGUCCAUCAUACAAGUAAUUACGAAAGCAUUUCAAUGAUUGACAAGAUUUAGAGGUGACAGAAUUUCUGGUGCCUUUGUCCAAGAUUUUUUCAAACUCAACUGGCCAGCACGAAGUCUGUUAGACUCAGCAACGUCUAGUCCGCCGCCCUCCCCUGAUGGAAUUUUACCAAAUUUUCGGUUAAUGAAUGGGACUGUGACAAUCAAAUGAGUAUAAUAAAGCAAUGACUUUAGGAAACUUGUCCUUAAAAUUUCUGGCUAACGGGGCCUUUUUUACUUCCCAUCAUCGCGAGUCCAUCCAAUUUAAUGAUAUCCAUAAGUGAGUUAAUUUUACAUAAAUGUAAGUGAUUUUACGUACCCUCUAGUAUAUCAAACAGACAAUUGAAUUUUUUUCUAUAUUUAAUAAAUUGGUUCCUUUUUUCGACUUUUCCAUAAUAACUUGCGUGUUUUAAACAACCUAUGUAAAAUCACUGGUAUACUUGACACAUGGUAUACAAAAAAUCACUGGUAUACUUACUGUACAUAACUAAUUUUAAUUUUACAUUUAAUUUUAUUUUUCCAUUCACAUAUGAUCCAGAUUUUGAAAUUCAAUGUCUUAACCAAUUUUAUUAUUGGUAAAGGAUAAAUGGAAUUCUCAGCGAUUCACUAGUUUUGUACGCACAUCAUUUUUACAGGCUUUCUUUUAAAAAUAUUUCUAUCACGGACACCAUUGACAAAUUAACGGAAAGUUUAUUAAAAAAAAAAGAUCCUGUAUUUUUUUUAUUAUUAUUUUCGUUACUGAUAAGUCAAUUUUUAUUUAGUAUUAUUAAGAAUCGGUGGUUUAAAGAUCCACUGAAGAAACCGUGUACUUUAAAAUUAGCCGAAUAGAUUGAAACAGUUAUUUGAAAUAUCAAACACCAUUCAAAUUGGUCGAGCAUUCAUUAUUUUGCCAGAUGAUGCCCUUUCAGUAGUCCAGACCUAACAAUAAAAACACUUUUCAUUAUCCGCAGUUUACUUGGUGUAGUGCGUGUUGGUCUUAGUCAAGUGCCUUCAGAAAGGGUUAUCUGUGAGAGACGACGGACAUUGAAAUUGAAGGAAAAGAAUUU